GCGCAGGCGAUCCUCCUGCGCUACCUCGCUCGAGGCUCGAAGGCGUUCUGUUUCUCACCGGCUGACAGCGAGGCCAAGCGGCGCGACGGCAUCGCCUCUGCGAAGGGCAGGGGACCGCUACCGCAAAGACUCCUACGCCAAUGCGAUCCGCCGCGCGUCCGUCGCGUCAUGGCGAUCCUGGAGAACGACGCCGAUAGGGACCGGCUACUCGAGUUCGUCCAAACGCCGAAAGACUUCGACCGGCUGGAGACCAUGGCGCUCGCCGACGCGCUGCGGGCCGGGUGGAGUGAUGAGCGGGUCGGGAUCGGGGCUUACGUUUCGCGGUGA